CUUGUACUAAUUGUGGUACUACUACUACUCCUUUAUGGAGGAGAGCUCCUAGCGGUGAGACAAUCUGUAAUGCUUGCGGUCUUUAUCUAAAAGCUCGUAAUACUGUCCGUCCUCCUUGGCUAAAACGUGGAAAUAGUUCUUGUGAUGGUUGUCCUGCUUUUAAUCAACAUCAGGUUAAUCGUCAAGCCUUAACUUGUGCUAAUUGCGGUACUAAUACCACUCCUCUGAAAGUUCAUCAUCAUAUUCGUAAAUCUUGCAUUGCGCAAAAUAACAACUGUAGCAACAACAAUCUUAAUCUUAAUGCAAACAUCAUUAACUCACCUCCUACACCUCCCACAACUUUAUCUGAUUACAAUUCUUCUGAAGAUGAUAAUUCUUCUCUUGAUGAUGAUGGUUUACUCAAAAAAAAUAAUACCUUCACUAAUAACAAUGUUCAUAAAAGAAAAGUUACUGAUCUUAUUAACUCUAAUAAACGGCAUU